GGUCUUGCUGGCCACCUUCCCCACCGAACUCUCAGGCAGCCUGGUGUUCUUCCAGUUCCUGCGCUAGAGUGCUACUUGUCCAGUCCCAGGACGCGGGAGGGAAGCUGAAUGCGCAGCUUCCCCUGGAGUCAUUAUGGCUCAGCAGUGCUUCCAAAAUGAAUAUUUUGACAGCUUGCUGCGUGCUUGCAAACCGUGUCACCUUCGGUGUUCCAAUACCCCUCCUCUGCCCUGUCAGCGUUACUGUAAUGCAAGUAUGGCCAACUCAGUGAAAGGAACAAAUGCCAUUCUCUGGACCUGCUUGGGCCUGAGCUUGAUAGUUUCUUUGGCAGUUUUUGCACUGAUGUUCUUGUUAAGGAAGAUGAGCUCCGAACCACUAAAGGAUGAAUUUAAAAACACAGAAUCUGUUCUUCUGGAUGCAGCAGUUAAUGCUGACGUGGACCAUACCAGGACCCAUGAUGAAAUCAUUCUUCCGAGAAGCUUCGGGUACACAGUUGAAGAAUGUAUCUGUGAAGACUGUGUCAAGAGCAAACUAAAGGUUGACCCUGACCAUUUCUUCCCGCUUCCGGCCAUGGAGGAGGGUGCAACCAUUCUCGUCACCACAAAGACAAAUGAUUACUGCAAGAGCUUGCCAGCUGCUUUGAGUGUCACAGGGAUGGAGAAAUCAAUUUCUACUAAAUAAUUUACCUUUUUGACUGGUGUAGAGCUACUUUGAGAAUCUUCUGUCAGAAAGAAAAGACGAUGCAUUGGAUCUCUUUAGGAUAAUUAUAUUUAUCAGUUGCUAAUAUACCUUUUUUGUUCUGUAAUUCUGGAAAGUUUCCAUAUUAGAUGUAUUCACCUAUCUUCUUGUUGGGACCUUAACUGGAAAAUUCUCUGGUGUCAUGAUUAAAUUCUUGACUCACUGAAAAAAA